UAGACAAAAUCAACAAAACAAGCGUCUGACAAAAAUGAUGAGAUGGCUACAAAGAGCGAAAACAUUUCAGAAAAACUAGAAAAUUUAGUGAUAAAUACUGAAAAUUCCAAUGAACCUAUUAAAGAAAAUACUCUGGUUGAUGGCCUGGACUGCGAUUUACCUUUAGAUGAGGUCUACAAAUUAGCACUUUGCUUUUAUAAAGAAAAAGAAGGGAAAGCAGUACAUUUCAGCUAUGAAGACAAAUUGCAAUUAGUUGCCUUUUCCCAACAAGUUUCCCAUGGACCUUUGUCAGAGGUUUUCCAUAAGCUCCCUGUCUUAGGAGCACUCGACGUUGUUGGGAAGGAUAGAAGAUUAGCUUGGCAAAAGCUAGGCAACUUAACAACUGAUCAAGCCCGAUCUGGUUUUAUAGAAUUAUUAAGUAGAAGAUGCCCUCUUUUCACUACUUACAUAGAGGCUCAUAGAAGGGAAAAGAAAGAAAGGGAACGCAGAAAAAAGGAGGAUGAAAAGAAAAGACUUGUGGAAGAGGAGGAAAAAUUGAGAAAAGAACAAGAAGAGAAAGUCAUACAAGAACAAAAAGAAAAGGAGGAAGCUAUAAGAAGGCAGAUACAACAAGCUUUAAAUGCUCAGACAUUUGAUCAGUUCAAACAAUAUGCUGAGCAACAAUUUCCAGGCGAUCCAGAAAAACAAGGGGCUCUCAUAAGACAGCUACAAGAUCAGCAUUAUAUUCAGUAUAUGCAGCAGUUACAAAGUGUGCAUCAGAGACCUAGAAUUAAUGAUGAAAAUUCAAAUAAUAAUGCUGAAUUUAACAAAACAAAAACUGAUUGGGAUAAUGAUACAAAUGAAUCUAGUCAACACCUUGAUAACUCUGUACAACCAGCAAGUAUGUGGACUAGACAGGAUAUAGAAGCAUUCAAACAAGCAGUGUCUGAAGCUGAAGGUGAUGGAGUAGUCAGAGUAGGACAUGGUGAAACUGUUACUGUUAGAGUACCCACUCAUGCUAACGCAACAAGAUUAUUCUGGGAGUUUGCAACAGAUCACUAUGAUAUAGGAUUUGGAAUUUACUUUGAAUAUGGUACGCCAACAAGUAGUCAAGUAUCUGUUCAUGUGUCCGAAAGUGAUGAUGAGGAUUUAGAUGAGACAGAAGACGAAAUCUACGAAGAUGAUACCAUGCCCAAAGAUCCAGAAAGGGGGCCUGUUUGUUCAGAAAUCAACGCUUCAAAACCACUCUUAACAGAAAUUGUUCCAGUUUAUAGAAGAGAUUGCCAUAAUGAAGUGUAUGCAGGAUCUCAUCAGUAUCCAGGAGUUGGAGUCUAUCUUUUGAAAUUCGAUAAUUCUUAUUCUGUUUGGAGAUCAAAAACAUUGUAUUACAGGGUUUAUUACACGCAGUAGCAGUGGACACAUUGCAGUUUAGGGUAGUCUUAUGUAUUACUCGAAUUAAGGUUAACAAUAUCAUGAGGUACUCACAACUAUUUUUAUUUAACAUAUUUAUUGCACUACCGUUAUCUAGCAGGUGUGAAAUCUUCCAUAUACUAUUUAUUUUUUAGAGUAUUUGUAAGGUUACUUUUAAUUGUACGGUGACAGUUCCAAAAUGCAUUAGGAAUAUCGAGAAGGUGUAGAAUACCUUCUUGAGGAAUAUGUCGUAAUAAAACGAACAUCACCAAAGAUUGUGGUUGCCUCAUAUGUUGUAGGUCCAUGAAUUCCGAAGGGUGAAUGGUAAUUGAUUGGGAAUUUUCAGGUUUGUAUAUAUCCCAACAUGUGUGUGUGUGCAUUUGUUAUUACUUAAGUCAAAAAUGCUUUUUUUAAUCUUUGUUGUCUGUAAUAUGAACAAAAAUUUAUGUUUGUUAUUUUGAAACAGGACAUUCUCGAAUGUCUUGAAUACAUUUUAUUUGCAUAUACCUACGAUAUAAAAAAAAGUACUUCUGUCAAAUAUAUCUAUAUUCAUUA